CACUACCACGCACCGAGCUACUCGUAUGUACGGAGAAGUUGACUCCUCAUCCUCCUCCUCCUCCUCCUCUCGACUGCUGCCGCCUCCCGCUCGCCGGCUCCUUCUUCUUUAAUGCCUAGGUUCAUUUUUCUCCCCCCCCAUGUCCUUUGACGAUCAUCCUGGCCUUUUUUGCCAUCGACUGACUGAAGACUGAAAACCGCUUGUCGGAUCACUCAUCCCUCUCCCUCCUCUUAAUCCUCCAUUCCUUCCUUCCAUCCUUCCUUCCGAUUCACUCUUGGCCCGCAAACUGGGGCGUUUUGUGGCAUUUUGGGCAACCCCAGAAUCUCACAAUUUCACAUCCUUCCUCUGCCUUGUCGGUUUUCUGCAAACAAUAUAAAUCGCCAUCACCAAGCAGAACUUUUGUCGUCGGCCCCCACCACCUAACCAUCAGUCGCAAGGGAUUUUGGAUUUGGACAGUUUUUGGGUUGCGGUCGACUGGGGAUCUCUUCCAACCGGCGGACCAGCCUUGCUCCCUGUUGUUUCCCGCCGCAUCACCUCUUGGCCUGGCAUGAGCGUCUCUCAAUUGUCGCAUCAACAAUGAAGAAGCCGCGCGGAUCGGAGCGCGCUGAAGGCCAAGUAUUUCUCUUCGUCAACAAGAACCCCAAGUCCAAGUCUCUGUCCAAAAGCGAUGGCGCCGUCGCCAAACAGAUCAAUCGCCACGCCCAACAUUUCCGGAGUCGCAAAGUCGAGGCUCAAAAAAUCACCUCUGCUCGCUCCAAUUGUUCUUCGGCCCGCCGCAUCGCUCUGGAUGGGUGGCACCGGAAAGAGACCGGCCAAGGCUCCAGCAGCGAUGAAUCCUCUCCGGUCUCAUCGCCCAACGAGGAGCUGGCGGCGACAUCUCCUCCGCAGGAUCCAACGCCAAUCCGUCAGGUCUUUUCGCCUUUGAUCGACACGCCAGCUGCUGAAUUGCCUCCUAUUGCACAGACAUUGCCUCGCAAGCCACUGUCGGUCCGAGUCCUGGCUGGCGGCAGCGAUCCGGAGUUGGAUGAUGAAGGACAUCACUUUGAGGACGAAGGAGCACUAGAAUUGUCGUCACCUGUCUACAGGGCGAACUUCACCUCCUAUGACUGUAUUGAUCCUUUCAGGACCACUCCGGUCCGAAUCACCCCUCGCAUCCACGUCAUUCUACAGUAUACCCUGCAAAUCUAUUCCUACGCCGGCAACAACUACAAACUGGCCUUUUUGCCCAAGCAUGUGCGGUCAACCAUCAGCCAAUUUCCCAUUGGAGCGGUCGUUCAGCGCAGUGUUUACAAGGAGCAUCAUCUUUAUUCGUUGAUGGCAGCGAUGCUUGCUCGAAUGAAGCACGUCUUUGACAUGUCACCCACCGCCGACGACCCUGAAGUGGUUCGUGCGACAGCCUCACAUUAUCUCCGGAAGGAAUUGGUUCGUUGCUCGCGAUCAGGCGACGUCGACAAACAAACCAUAUUGGACAUUCUCUUCCUCUGCGUCAACCAGAUGCAGUACGGCCUGUAUGAAGAUGUCAGAAAACACCUCCAAAUUGUCGGUAAGCUGUUGCACCUACUGGAUCCAAGCCAGCUUCUUGACCGGUGGAUCUCGGAGACGGCUGCUCACGUGGAUAAUCAACUUGCCCUAUCCACGGCCAAACGUCCCGUCUUACCGAGCACAUUCGAUCCCGGCCCCAUGCUCCCUGAACGGAUGGCAAUCCUUCGGAGAGAGGCACAGAAUCUAAAGUAUUACGGCUACCCCAACCCGACUUCGCUGAUAGUGGCCCGCGGUCCCAAUGGUUCCAUGGGCAUCACGGACGCCAUCGCCGAUCUCGCGGCCACCCUCGACAUACGAAUGGGUACUCAGUUUGUCCAGGCGUUGAAAAUGGGUGCUUUCCCGUGGAACCUUGGUCGCAUUGUUUCAGACUUGGUUGACUGCAUCGAAAUAGCCAAGGUGGUGUGGCUGUCGCCCCUGGCGGUAUGUUUCGACGCAGAAUGGUUGUGCCGCAAAGCCAGAGCAGUGCUUCGUGGGCUGCUCUCCAUUGCCCCAGACCGCAACAUCGGAGCCAUGGACCUGAUGUGCAAGUGCACAGAAUGUGUCAGACUGUGUCUGUUGAUUCUCAUGACUCACGCAUGUACCUUGAUCGGCUUCCAGACCGCCAAAGCCAACGUGCGGCGACUCCAAGGGGCUAUGGAGUACGCCCUCAAAUUUUGGUGCCCUGCCGUGGGGUGGACGGAAGACUGUAUCCCACUGGAUCCUACCGCGCGUCUCGAUCCUUUUGUUGAGAUGCAGGCCCGAUUUGUCCUGUGGGGUUUGCUCACUGGUUGCUGGUCGGCCGAUGGUCAGCCCGAGGAGGAAUUCUUCACGCACCGAGCGCUCCAUAUUUGCCGCCAUUUCGGCUUUGCCACUUACGAGGACCUACACAACCAUAUGGCAGGCUUUCUUUAUUCCAAGACUCUGCAGGAACGCAGUCUGAGGAAAGUCGUUGCUCGGCUGGAGAAGCUACCCGCGGUGCGCGCCCCGAUUGCGUCCUGAAAGAGGGAACUGGUAGUCAGCUCAUCUAAGAGGAUUACUUAAUCACAACCUUCUCCUUGCAUAGUCUCCUCAUGCGAACAUGAAUGACGGCUCCCAUGUGGAAUUGGCUCAAAGUUUCUGGGUACUCGCUGAUUCUCACCGUGCUGCUGGAGACGGUAUCUGUUGACCAUCGCAGUGGCUGCCACCUUCGAAGUGAUUGACGCUCCAGCGACUUUCUGUCAAGCUUGCAAGCCAUUGACAGAACAACCUCAAAAGUCAAGGCCCUGAAUCGACACGAGAGUUCGCGUCGCAUAAGUCGUCGCUGUCAAACUGGCUCUGCGCUCGCAAACUUCAGAGAGAGCCGUUGUCCUACAGGGUCCAAAAGCGCCUACGUUAGCAUCAGCAAGGUCAUGUCCAUACCUCGUCGAUACGAAGGUAACGGCUCGUCGGCACUCCCCGUCGGGGCCAGGAAUCGCGAAGAGGCCUGCACGUAUAGGGGGACAACCAGAUUGGAACACGCGCGGAAAUUCUGAACAACCAAGUUGCAGGAUCACAUCGAACCGGAGGGCAAGCGCGUACAAGCGACCAUUCUCCCCAUGUGCCGAUGUCUCCUUGGAUACAGUAUCCAGAAAUUUCGGCAUGUGUGCCUCUUUAACAUAAGUCCCAAGUACCUUGGUGCUUGCGGAUUUGGAGUGUUGAUAUACCCUACCUACAGUCACAGACCACACUUUUGGUGCUCGCAUUACUGAGAAGAGAAUGGGUCUCCUGGCGCCGAGUUCGGUCGUCUGCUUUGCAGCGUCGUUCUGCUUGGACAUCGCAUCUGUCAUGCUGUGAAAUGCCCUUGCAACAUCGAUCGGGAUGCGCGGCACGGCAUGAGCGCUGCUUAGUCAAACCUAAUGUCUCAGUUCUUGUAUAUAUACUUGCAUACCAGCAUGCUUUGCGCUGGGUGGAUGCCACGAGGUGUCGGACUCUUGAUACCCCUUUCCAGGUUAAUUGAUUGCUUCCCAAACGAUAGUUUCGAAGCUACUCAACCAUUGCAACGCUGAUCUCAUUUCAUCGCAUCU